GAGAUCUCGCGAUAUCUCUGUGUGGAUAAAUAAACGUUACCCAACGUGUUUGGUAACAUGCAUGUUGUCUGUGCCGUGCCUGCUCAUUGUGGCAGCCCUGCAGAGGAGAGAGGAGCCCGACUAACUUCUUAGUUUAUGUAUUUGUAGUUUGAGUCUGUUAACGUGAGUUUAUCACAGCUGACGUCUAUUUCCUGGUGUGGCACAGCUUCUUUUGUUUCCAUCAAAAUGCCCGAGGGACCAGAGCUCCACCUGGCCAGUCUUUAUGUGAACAAAAUGUGUAAUGGAGUGGUGUUCACUGGAGCAGUGAGAAAAUCUGAGGUCAGUAAAAAUCCUGAUGUGCCCUUCAUCUGUGAGGCCUAUCGGAUCACAGCUACGUCCAGAGGGAAGGAAGUGAGACUAACGCUGACACCCAUGAAGAGUGAUGAUCCAAAACAGAGGGUAAAGACAGGACAAGCAGACCAGCCCAUGGAUAUUGUGUUUCGCUUCGGGAUGUCGGGUUAUUUCCGCCUCACCACAGAGGAUGAGCUCCCCAAACAUGCCCAUCUGUGUUUUUUUUCCAAAGAAACACCCUGCAGGGUGUUGAGCUUUGUGGAUGUACGUCGGUUUGGCAGCUGGCAGCCCAGUGGGGUGUGGCAGCCUGGCAGAGGGCCCUGCAUCAUGUUUGAGUACAAAAGCUUCAGAGAGAACGUCCUAUCGCACCUGUCUGACCGCGCCUUUGACAGACCUAUCUGUGAGGUUCUGCUCAAUCAGAAGUACUUCAACGGUAUCGGGAACUACCUGAGGGCUGAAAUCCUUUUCAGGCUGAACAUCCCACCCUUUGUACCUGCCAGAAAUGUACUGGAAGGCCUUGAGUCAGAAGAUUUCUGUGAUAAAGAGAAGCCUGUGAAAAAUGACACAAACACAAAGACUUCAUUCAUAACAGAGGAGUCGGGUGACUUGUUGAGACUUUGUCAUACAGUUCCUCUGGAGGUGGUGAACCUAGGUGGAAAGGGCUAUGAUCCCGAGAAGGCGGAUUACUCUGAGUUUGAGGCAUGGCUUCAGUGUUACUAUGUGGAUGGAAUGAAAUCCAUUCGCGACCACAAUGGCAGAACAAUGUGGUUCAAAGGAGAUCCAGGCCCCAUGGCACCUAAAGAUUCAAAGUCACCCAAGGCAAAAAAGAGGGCAAAGAAAGAAGAUGACCAUGAUUACACAGAUGAGAAAAAGGUGUCCAGGAGUCACUCUGAAAGUACAACAAAGAAAACUGUGACCAAACAGGAAAUUGUGACUAAAACACCAAAGAAAGGAAAAGAUGCACGUCCGAAGGAAGCCAAAUCAAAGAGGCAGAGGGAAAACACCCGGGAUGUAAAAACACCUCAGCUUGGAAAGAAAUCCAUGGCACGUAGGCGGAAGAGCAGUAGUGCAGAGCCAACAGCUGCAGGUCCACAGAGGAGGAGUGGGCGAGUGACCAGACAGAAUGACAAAUAAAAUGUUUUUUUUU